AAUAGUGGGCCAGGCAGGAAGAUGGCGGCGGUAGCGGAGGUGUGAGUGGACCCGGGUCUCUGCAGCUAGAUUUUCUCUUCCCUUUUUCCUCCCCCUCCCUUCUCUGUUUGAGAUUGGCAUCAAGCGGGCUGAGUUCGGGUGGCGGCGCUGGGCGCAGCGCAGGGGUCACGGCAACGGCGGCGGCUGACGGCUGGAAGGGCAGGCUUCCUUCGCCGCUCGUCUUCCUUCCCCGGUCCGCUCGGUGUCAGGCGCGGCGGCGGCGGCGGCUCGUGGGGCGGACUUCGUCCCUUCUCCAGCACCCCUCGGCGCCGGAGCUGGCACUCUUCCUUUCGCCAUCCCUCGACAUUUCACCCCGGGGACUGGGCGCCUCCUCCGGCGCAGCUCAGGGAGCGGGGGCCGGUCUCCUGCUCGUCUGUCGCGCCUCCAUGUCGGAUAACCAGAGCUGGAACUCGUCGGGCUCGGAGGAGGAUCCGGAGACGGAGUCUGGGCCGCCUGUGGAGCGCUGCGGGGUCCUUAGCAAGUGGACAAACUACAUUCAUGGGUGGCAGGACCGUUGGGUAGUUUUGAAAAAUAAUACUCUGAGUUACUAUAAAUCCGAAGAUGAGACAGAGUAUGGCUGCAGAGGAUCCAUCUGUCUUAGCAAGGCUGUCAUAACGCCUCAUGAUUUUGAUGAAUGUCGAUUUGAUAUUAGUGUAAACGAUAGUGUUUGGUAUCUUCGUGCUCAGGAUCCAGAUCACAGACAGCAGUGGAUAGAUGCCAUCGAACAGCACAAGACUGAAUCUGGUUAUGGAUCUGAGUCCAGCUUGCGUCGACAUGGCUCGAUGGUGUCACUGGUGUCUGGAGCAAGUGGCUAUUCUGCAACAUCCACUUCUUCAUUCAAGAAAGGCCACAGUUUACGUGAGAAAUUGGCUGAAAUGGAAACCUUUAGAGAUAUCCUAUGUAGACAAGUUGAUACUCUACAGAAGUACUUUGAUGCCUGUGCUGAUGUUGUCUCCAAGGAUGAACUUCAAAGGGAUAAAGUGGUAGAAGAUGAUGAAGAUGACUUUCCCACAACACGGUCUGACGGAGACUUUUUGCAUAAUACCAAUGGCAAUAAGGAAAAGGUAUUUCCACAGGUAACACCGAAAGGAAUUAAUGGUAUAGACUUUAAAGGGGAAGCAAUAACUUUUAAAGCAACUACUGCUGGAAUCCUUGCUACACUUUCUCAUUGUAUUGAACUAAUGGUAAAACGUGAAGACAACUGGCAAAAGAGACUGGAUAGGGAAGCUGAAAAAAGAAGAAGACUAGAGGAAGCAUAUAAAAAUGCUGUGACAGAACUUAAGAAAAAAUCCCACUUUGGAGGACCAGAUUAUGAGGAAGGCCCAAACAGUCUAAUUAAUGAAGAAGAGUUCUUUGAUGCUGUUGAAGCUGCUCUUGACAGACAAGAUAAAAUAGAAGAACAGUCACAGAGCGAAAAGGUCAGGUUACAUUGGCCUACACCCAUGCUAUCUGGAGAUGCCUUUUCUUCUGUGGGGACUCAUAGAUUUGUCCAAAAGCCCUAUAGUCGCUCUUCCUCCAUGUCUUCCAUUGAUCUAGUCAGUGCCUCUGACGAUGUUCACAGAUUCAGCUCCCAGGUUGAAGAGAUGGUGCAGAACCACAUGACUUAUUCAUUACAGGAUGUAGGUGGAGAUGCCAACUGGCAGUUGGUUGUAGAAGAAGGAGAAAUGAAGGUAUAUAGAAGAGAAGUAGAAGAAAACGGGAUUGUCUUGGAUCCUUUGAAAGCUACCCAUGCAGUUAAAGGUGUUACAGGACACGAGGUCUGCAAUUACUUCUGGAAUGUUGAUGUUCGCAAUGAUUGGGAAACAACUAUAGAAAACUUUCAUGUGGUGGAAACAUUAGCUGAUAAUGCAAUCAUCAUUUAUCAAACACACAAGAGAGUGUGGCCUGCUUCUCAGCGAGAUGUAUUAUAUCUUUCUGCCAUUCGAAAGAUACCAGCCUUUACUGAAAAUGACCCUGAAACUUGGAUAGUUUGUAAUUUUUCUGUAGAUCACGACAGUGCUCCUUUAAACAAUCGAUGUGUCCGUGCCAAAAUAAAUAUUGCCAUGAUUUGUCAAACCUUGGUAAGCCCGCCAGAAGGAAACCAGGAGAUUAGCAGGGACAACAUUUUAUGCAAGAUUACAUAUGUAGCUAAUGUGAACCCUGGAGGAUGGGCACCAGCCUCAGUGUUAAGGGCAGUGGCAAAACGAGAGUAUCCCAAGUUUCUAAAACGUUUCACUUCUUACGUCCAAGAGAAAACUGCAGGAAAACCUAUUUUGUUCUAGUAUUAACAGUGACUGAAGCAAGGCUGUGUGACAUUCCAUGUUGGAGGAAAAACUAAAAAAAAAAAAAAAAAAAAAUUGGAUGCUCUAAGCUGGAACAUAGGAUCUAUAGCCUUGUCUAUGGCCCAACACCUUGACCUUGUGUACAAAAAUGAAGAAAUCUUGCAAUAGCAAAGCUGAACAUCUAACACUAGCUGUCUCCUGCUAGAUCUCCGCGCUCAGCAUAUAUCUAUAAAUACAUGUAAAAUUACAUGUACAUGGCUAUAUUUUUAUUUGCUUGCUCCUAGAAGAGAAAAAAACAACUUUGAAUCACAACUAGGAAUUGAUGCUUUAAUUUUUGAAAACUUUUUCAGAAUUUUUAAUUUAGUAUGGUCCGGCCUAAGAUCCUCAGUUGUAUCAGGUUUUGUGCACAAAAGAAAAGCACAAAAGUUGAACGCACAUGGGGCAUGUGCUUUUUGUGCACCAGAUAUCUGGAUGGGGUUCUUUUUUCAGGCCUAUAGUCAAAUCUGUGUCCAGAAUUUUUUGACUUUUUUGACUUUUUGCUUUGUAUAAUCAUAGAAUUCAUUGCUGCUGAUUUCUAUAAUGAUUCAUGUUAUCAUGUAAAGUGUCUCUUAAUAACUGAGGGCUGUCAAUAACCUGUGAUUUUGCCUUUUCUAGAGUCUUACUCCCAUGAAGAACCUUGGUUCUGAUGGAGAAAGAGUGAAAAGCUUUAUUCCUUCUUCAGAUACCUUUAUAAUUCUUGUAUUUUUAGUUGUGUUCUGUGUGCUACAGCUUUUUUUUUUUUUUCAGUUUGUUAGAAACACAAUUUGGCAAUUCCAAAAUUGAUUCUGCCUGCCUCCAAACAGAAACAUCUGUACAGAUCUUAUGGGUACAAACUACUUUCUGGUAAAAUGGUCAGGAUAAAGUGAGCUCACGUUUUCAUGAAAUUUGUAAGAGGAAAUUUGGUAGUGUUAAGCAGAUCAGACUGAGUUUGACAUUUGAUUCGAUAUUUUUAGUAUUCAGUAACAGGCAUGUUUGUUUGUUCUUCUAAUUUGGGUCAGUUUAAAAAGAUAUGUUGCAAGAUAUGCAUAGAAAAUGUGAGCAGUGCCCCUGUUUGCCUCUUGAUCAUAAACUUCAGCAGAGCAGUAAAGGAUUCCAUAUGAGUCAAACUGAAAUUCUUCCCUUAGUUCCUGUAAGAACUUAAAUGUAAAAUACCUUUUUUAGUUUUACUAGUUUUAGGCCUCUGAAAAACCUUGAAGCAUUGGAGUUGAGGCAAGGAAUUGUACUCACUGAAGUAGAAAUGACUGCCCACUUCAAAAUCUUCAUUGUGUUUUUACACAAAUGUGCUUACAUAAAUCAGAGGCAUUUAGUAGAUGCUUUGCUGACUAGUUCAUCUCUGCAGAAACACAGAAAUCAGACCCAUUUUGUAAAGCAGAAAGUCAUGUCACGUGGAGCAUGUCCUGUAUAUAUUUCAUACAUGGUAAUGGAGUCUUAAUGAUAAAUGCAAGGUGAUAAUUUAAUGAUGGGAUUAGUCUGAUCACUUAAUAUGCACAAUCCUGGAAGUGAAUUACUUGCAUCAGAUAUAGUAGUAUUUAUUAUUCUGUACAGAGAGAAAAAAUACAUAUAAAACAUAUGCUUACGUUACAUGCACGCAGAUUUCAUGCUCCAUAAAUCUUUUCUAUUUUUUAAUUUACCUUUCUCUAAAUGAUGUGCAUGGAAUAUGCCUUAUUACAGAAAAAUGCUGUUCAUAAUUUGAGUAUGUGGAAAAGUGCCUAUGGUGGUAAUGCUAAUAAGGCAAAUAAGACAAAUUAUUAUAUCAGUUUACUACAUCACCAGUUAACAUUAUAUAUUGUGAUGUUUAAAAAAAGUUUAUACCUCAAAUGUGUCUUUUAUUUUACAAUCAUCUGUGGGCUGGGAUGUGGAAGUAUGGGAAGGUUGGGGAGGGGAGGUUUAUUCACCACAGCCGCUAAUGGGAAUCUAAAAAAAAAAUUCUAUAUGCCCACUCUAAAUGUUUCUCUGUUUGCCAUUUCUGGUAACUAUCAUGAACACAGACAAGUAACUCUUUCUUAACUAAAUUGGAUAGCUUUAUUUUACAAAGGUAUGGAAAGUUUACAAAGCAGUAUCUAAAUCUAAUUAUCAUUAGUUGCAUUUGCACUAAAUGUUAAUGAUAUACUUUUGCAAUUCUGUAAAUAAAAUGAUUACACUAAAAUAUUUGUAUUAAAAAAAAGAAAAAAGGAUACAUUUUACCUUUAGAUAACUGCACUAGUACUUCACUAGAGUUAAUCCUGUCCAACCAGAUUUAGAAAUGAGUAGGGGAAUAUGAACAGAAUUUAAAGGAGUUCAAAAUUUGGAGAGGUACUAGCCCUUUAGACAAUAUUCAGACCCUCUAGAAUUAUUUCUGUAUGGCUAAUUCCUACAUACUAAAUAUACAUGAUGCUUUCAUCCACAGUUAUUUCCUACUUCUCUUUCCCAAGCCAAAAAAAAAAUUAUCUUUUUACUCUCUUUUCUACUCAGUUACUCUUUUUGUACUGUGAUAGAAACUUGAAAAAUAUUGGUGAUGAGGGGCUUUAUUCCCUGAAUGCCCACUGUACAGUUCAAGAGAGCACAGUGUUUCAGUUAGAAUUCAGGGCUCCUGAUUUUGAGGUGGAGGGUGAUCAUAGCAGCUCUUGGUUUGGGAUCGCCACCGAAGCAGCCAGACCAAGGAGGGGGAUGUCUGGGAGGGAGGUGUAAAAAUACAGAAUAAGGAAAAGGAGAAAUGGGUUUCCCAUUUGUUCAGUUCUGUCCACUAAUUUCUACACCUAUACAACAUCAGUGUCAAUUGCUAUUGAGAAAUUUUUAGUUGGGCUGAGCUGGUUCUCUUGUGAAAUUGUGCUGGUUAUCUUUAAGCUUAUCAGUUGUUUGUCCAAUUAAACACUUUUCACCAGUAUUUAGUCCACGUUCAGAUGAUGUAUUUGGAUUAUUGUCAUUGUUCAUCUACAAACUCAAAACAUAAUCAUUUUAAAGUACCUUGGGAGUGUAUAGAGUGUAACUAUUCUAUAAUAGCUUUAUGAUCCUAAUGAUGUUUUUAAAAAAUAAUAAAGUUGGAUCUUCCAUGUUACAAUCACAAAAUUAAAAUCAGUAUUUAAAAGUGGAAAAGUAUUAAAAUAUUAUGGACAAAUGUGCUUGCUCGAUUGUUUUCCUUAACCCUGAGAUACAGCCCUACAUAAUUCUCUGAGUACUUUAAGAGCUUGCAAUAUUCCAGUUCAAUGUUAUUCAUACUGUAGGUUGUAACCCAGUUAGGGAUCAAGAAAACUAUUAAUGAGUUGUGACCUAGUUAAAGAUAUAAAUAUAACAGAAUGGAAUAAUCAAAUAUAUAGUUUGUAAUAAAGUAUUUUGUGAAUUUUUUUCAUAUGUAUAAAUAUAUGUGUAUAUAUAGUGGAUUACAAUUUAAAAUGAAUUUCUUACUAUGUAUCAUGGUCUAAAAGAUAGACCAUAUACAGUUGGAUAUUUCUAAAAUGAAAGCACAGUGCGAGCCAGUCAUUCCCAUUUAUAAUUUAACUACAUACAUUUAGCCAUAAAUAAAUAAUCUCUCAUUUAUUUAAAUAAUAUAGGCAGCUCCACUUGUUGCACUCAGAGAAUUUAUGCCCUAGAACAACCGUGAGAUGGGAAGUGUGGAUUUGCAGUUAAUUCAGUCAGUGGGUUCCUCCAUGGUUUUAUUGAAGGCAUUGAACAUAUUUCUCUUAGUAUUCAAAGGUACAUACCAUCCAAACAAUAUGACCUCAAGCCAACUACUUAAUCUGGUGGGAUGCUGGAGAAAAAAGCUAGCUGUUGUGUUGAAUUUAUUGACAGAGAAAUCAUAUGUGGUCUUCAUGGCACACUUUCAAGGCGUUUAAGAGCGAUUUUAACUAUAUGCAGUUUUUGCCUUAGUCUUGACUUUGGAAUAUAACCUGCAAAUAAAAUGUAGUUUAACCAUUUCAAAUUAAGUUGUUUUCAUAGUAUCUUCCAGAUUUUCUUGCCAUUAUUUUAACUAGAUUACAGCAGAUCUCAGUGUUGGCAUUGCAUUCUCUACCCAUUAAGACAAAUUUUCUGUGAGCCCUCCAUAUCUGUACACUGAAUAGCCUUAAUAUCAAAACCUAUUUGGCCUCUUCAUUCUCCUCUCUCACAGCAUUCUGUAAGUUUAGUACUAGAACAAAUCUAAAAGGUCUUUGAAGUUAAUAAAAGAUGCCCAACCAGGAAUUUCUUAUCACCCAGUCUGUUAAGGUGCUGAAUGAGGAUGUCUCCAUUAAGUGUAACAUAUACCAGGUCUACAUUUAAUUUAACUCCUCUCCUUACAAUACUACUGCUGUAAAAUAGUGGUGCCACCACUAUUUUACAGAUAAAGAAACAGGCUAGGGUUCCAGGCACACAGUAAUUCUAAAAGUCUUUCCUUUAAACUGCUACUUUUUAGCCUAUGUAUUAAUAUUUAAUAUCUAGAAUAUAGUGUGGGUCUUAACACUACAUACUUCAAUAUUGGCUUCACAAAAUCCCAGAUAUCUAUGUGUCAAAGUCCCACCAGAUAUAUGAAUUUGACCAUCAUGUGAUGCCUUAACUGCUUUCCUAUCCUCCAGCUUAAAGGGACGAGACGGAACUCAGUCAUAAAACACCAUCGCAAACAAGCCCAAGGAGGGUAUUCUAUCUCGGAUUUUUCAAUCCAAGGACAAGUUCCAAUGUAGCUGUCGCUGUUUUGUGAGCCACCUGCUGCAAAAUGACCAUUGAAGUAGCGAGUAGAGCAAGCUUUGGAUCCACUCCCGGUCAGUUUACUGUGGUUCUUUUAUAUUACUAUUCCUUGGAAUUGGGAGGGCUAAGUGGUAGCUGGGUCCAGCAGUACAGAAUGUGUGUGCGGCAGCUAAAGCAGCAUACAGUCGACAUCCAAACCAUUUUAGCAUAGGGAUAGCACUAAUAUGCCUGCACUCCAAACAAUGCCCAGUGCAAAUGUUUUGGGGUUUUUUUGUUUUUUUAUUAUGAAAUACACAUUUUUUAGAAUUAGUUUCAGCUGUACAACACAGCCCAGUGCAAAUGUUUAUUGAGCGCUUACUGCUUGCCGUGCAGUAUUACAGGAUUAGGAAUACAGCAAUAAACAGAACAUCUGGCCUACA